AUGCUUGCGAUUCUCGUUUUUGCAGCCAUUGUUUCGGCAUCAAAUUAUGAUACUGCUUUGGGUUCUUCGGUGUUUUAUGAAUGCACUGAGUUGGUUCUGUCCAUAGCGACGUUCUGUGAAAACCCGUAUGAUUAUACGUGCUACUGUCGGAACCCGAAUGCGUUGGCUACGAUAACUGGGUGUUUUGCAACCACCGCAGGAACAGUGAAGUAUGGCAAUGAGUACUUGCUUGGGUUCUGUGAAGAGCUGGGUAUGCCGUUGACGAUGGACCAGAUUACUGGCGCUUAUAAGAAUUACACUAGUCACGGCUUGGAUACGCUGAAGAUGAAUAACUAUAACCAGAGCGAACCAGCUACAACGCCUAUAAAGAUCCCUGAAGAGAAUGCAAAGCUGUUUCGGAACUCGUACAGGCAAAUCAAGAACUCUGUGUUUUUUGGAUCUGGAGCUAUAGCAUACUGGGGGCUUGUUGUGGUGGUUUCUGCUGUGUUUAAUUGGACAGUGGUGUUUAUACCUCUGUCGAGGAAGCUUACUGAUGGACUGUUGGUUAAGUUGAUUAGACGCCAUUUAACCAUGCCAGCGCUACUUGGAAAACGAAGAACCGAGAGUUUCCGUGCUAAAUGGCCGAUUUUCGAAUGGCUUCUUCCUACUAGGCUUGAAACACUCGUUGUGGUUGGCUUUUUCUGGGUUCUCUUCAUUCUUUGUGCUGUGGACGAACAGUACAUACCAGCACCAUGGAGAAAAGAGAAAGUGGUUACCUAUACUCUGGUUGCUGACCGUACAGGUAUCAUAGCUACCAUGUUGACGCCGCUUAUGGUGCUUUUCGCUGGUCGAAAUAGCGUUUUGCAGCUUUUGACUCGUUGGAGAUCUACCACCAUGAUGGUUUACCAUAGAUGGAUCGCCAGAAUGGUCGUUUUGCUUGUGUUGAUCCAUGCUAUUUGUUAUACCAAAGUGCUCAAAUGGCAGAUGAGGUUUUCCUCUGAAAUGGCUGAAAACUACCUUCGUUAUGGUAUAGUUGCAUUGGUCUGUGGCGGUAUAAUCUGCGUCCAGGCACUUCUAUACUUUAGAAGAAGAUGGUACGAUGUGUUUCUUGCUGUACACAUUGUUCUUGCUGUGUUCUGGGUUGUUGGAGCGUGGUACCAUUUAUCAUACAUGGGCUACUCCCAAAUGAUGUAUGCUGUGUUUGCGGUUUGGGGCUUUGACAGGCUUGCCAGAGUGUUACGUCUUUGUUACUUUGGAUUCCCCAAGGCCAGAGUUACCUUGGUUGAAGAUACUUUGAAGGUAGAGAUCCCCAGACCCAAGCACUGGAAACCGGUUGCUGGCGGCCAUAUCUGGGUCCACUUUGGGCUUGGGCUUCAUUUCUGGCAGUCCCAUCCAUUCACUUUCUUUGAGUCUGUGACUGCUGAUAACACCAUUAUUUGUUGUUGCAAAGUCAAAGGUGGAGUAACCAAAGCUCUAGAAAGAAGACUAUGUGGACUUCCAGGAAAGCAAUCUUUAAUUAGAGUCGCUGUUGAAGGUCCAUACGGAGCGCCUAGUCCAGUAACCCGCCAUUCAAAUGUGCUUUUCGUUGCUGGCGGUUCAGGUAUACCAGGAAUCUACUCUGAAGCCAGUAACCUCUAUGAACUCAACAAAAACAGCAAGCAGCGUGUCAAGCUUAUAUGGGUAGUUCGUGAGCUGCGUUCGUUGGCAAUGUUCAUUGACGAGAUGCGGUCUUUGGUGAAACAUGGCAUUGAAACUGCUGUUUUUGUUACCAGGCCUGAGAUCCAUCAUGGAGAAGAGCUCCAGAAGCUAUUUGUUUCAGACAGCAACAGCCAGCUGGAGAAGCAAGAAAAAGUAGAAGAGUCCGUUCGAGAAAUCAAUAUCAUUGAACGUCUACAAGAUGAACUUCCCCAUGUGGAGUUUAUCUCUGGAAGGCCUAAUAUGAGAGAAAUCGUUGGAAGAGAAGUGGAAGAAGCUACAGAAAGCGUGGCUGUGGUGACUUGUGGCCAUCCAUUGUUGGUUGACGAUUUAAGAAGCAUUGUGAUUGACGAGGUGAAGACGUCGCCGAAGAGAGUUGAUUUCUAUGAACAGUUGCAAGUGUGGGCAUAA